CUGGAUAUUCAAAUUUCAUUCAUUCAACAAGAUCUAUUGCACAUUAUCAUAUCUUUUCAUGAACUGGAUAAUUCAAAUUUUAGUUGUUUAAUUUAGUCUAAUUGAUUAGUAUGUAGACUAAUUUAUUCAUGUCUAAAUACUAAAUUCGUCGACCAUAAAUAUAUACAAACAAAUUUAGCUAUUUUCUUUUAUUGCUCCUCUAAAAUAUUUUGCUCACUUAAUGUGUUUUUCUUUGACUAUAAAAUUGGGUGGUCACGCGAAUAAUCCACGUGUCAAGUUCGGAUAACAAACCUAUAGAUUUCAUCACCCACCUCCUCCAUUCGCGAAGCCUUCGUCCUCCCCAUCCAUCAACCAGCGCGAUGCCGCCGUCGCCUCUUCCGCUCGCAACUCCCGUCUCCUCGUCCCCUUCAUCCGCCCUCGCGCUCGCCGCCUCCACCGCCGUCCGCUCCGCCAUCGCCUCGACGCCGCCCAGCGUCACCGCGGCCGUGGGAAGGCGGGAGCUGGGCCUCUCCGCCUGCUUCGCCGCGCUCACUCUCUCGCUCGCCAGGCCCGCCCUCGCCGCCGUGCUGGAGGCGGACGACGACCUGGAGCUUCUGGAGAAGGUGAAGAAGGACCGGAAGAAGAGGCUCGAGAAACAGGGCGUCAUCAGCUCCUCCCUCAAGGAAAAAGGGCACCUUCAAGAAGUGAUCUACAAACUGAGCAAAGUGGGGCAAGCCAUCGAGAACAACGACCUCGAUGCAGCCAGUUCUCUUCUAGGCCCAAGCACCACAGUCGAAUGGGUUCAGAACGUAAACGCAGCCUUUUCUAAGCUAAGUAGCAGCCCAGAAGAGAAAACUGAGGUGGACAACUUCAAUUCUUCCUUGGCAUCUCUGUUCGCCUCAGUCGGCGACCGCGACGUUGGGUCUAGUAAACUGGCUUUUGUAUCGUCCGCAAGCGCGCUGGAGAAAUGGGUGGAGUUUGCUGGCCUGGUUGGCCAGCUGAAGGGCCUCUGAUGGUGUGUGAGGGUUUCUUCUUGCUGACUCAAAAUGGGUUCACUCUUUUUUGUUAAUUUCAUCUAGGCCAACUUACUUUCAUUCUUUAUGUGAGUGUACUAGCUAGAUUUCAUGUUGAAUUCCCUUUCGUAAAGUCUUUGAAACAUGAAUGAUGUGUGUCGUAUGCAUUUAUAUUUUCGGUAUCAAAUCUGAAGUUUUUGUUCA